AGAUAAUGGGGCAUCAAAAGGAACAUCAAACUCUAGAGAGCAUUUUGAUGAGUGUGAGCUACACCGUCUUCACCAGAUCCAGAGUGGUCAGUGCUUCUGUUACUGAAUUGGUUGCAGUGGAUUUUUCUUCACCUUGACUGCGAAAAAUUUACGAGCUUCUUUAUUGCCCUUGCAAGAAAUAAAACAGAAGAGCCUCGUCGUACUACGCCGAAGAAGAGGACAAUGCCACUCUCGAAUCGGAAGGGGGCGCGACGUCGUCCGGUAUUUUUGACGACGUCAAGAGUCUUGCGUGCGUUCGAAGUAUUCUCUCGUGCAACUACUACAUCCUGGUUAUCACGAGGAUCUUCGUUCUUUGUCUCGCAGACGGCACAUCACCUGUGUGGUGCAGUGACCGUGAUCCCCAGCAAAAACAACAACGCGAAGAACCGCCCUGCGCAGACACAUCAACAGCAGCAGACAGAAGUAGAGAAAGUAGAAAAAGAAGCACGGGCGGCAGGAGCAGGAACUGCAAGAACGCCCUCACCGUCGGCCGAAAAUGAAGAAGCUUCAACAGAAACGACACAAAACUCUGGUGUUGUCCAAGGUGCUGCUGCUGGUGCUUCUACAACACAGUCGUCCAGCUUGUCAAAGCAUGCAUUGAUGUCCCAGGCACUGCACGACCACGAGCAGAAGGUGAAUAACAUCUUCGAGGAUGGGACGAACAACGAAGAAACGACAACUACAUCAAGAGAAGCCUUCGACGAGCAGCAGCAGCUGAUUCGCCUGCACGCGAAGACGGAACGGGACACGGCUUCGCACCAAGACCACCCCUAUCAAGUGCAAAUAUGUCUGGGUCUGGAAGAAUGCAGGUUUGUCAUGCUUGUCUGGCAUGACCAUUAAAUGAAUCUGUCAUGCACGUUACCCAAGAGCCCCAUUUUUCUGUCAUGCAGAAAGGCAGUUUGUCAUGCAGAAUAGGCAAGAACACCUAGAAGCUCGGAAACUUGUGAUGCUGAGUCAUCGUUCGUGGCCUCCUCAUGACACGCCGCCCAGCAUCACACGUUUCCACAGACAUCCAGGGAUAUUUGCAAUGCAUAACCCCUACACGGUGACCACCGAUCCGAACGGCGCGCGUCCGGCCUGGGUCACCAAUCCCCUGGCGGAGUACUUUUUCAAGUACACCACGGGCUUGAAAAUUUGGAAGUGGCACCACUACUUUCAGGUCUACCACUAUGGAACUGUAGUCAGGAUUGAAAUUGACAAAGUUGAAAUGAUUUGCCAUGCAUAAAAUGGAUGCCAGUUGGAACCCAGUUUUCUUUCAAGUGGCGCGUGACAAAUUUUGGCGGUGCCUAAAUCCAGUCUGUAGUGCUGUUUGGGUAAGGAAGAUGCCUUUUGUCAUGCUACUUUAGCAGCUCUAUCUCUACCCCUCAACAGGCUUGCAAUCUGCCUCCCUUGCCUACUCUGCAAGACAGGCACUUUGUGGCUUGCAUUUUAUGCAUUGCAAGUCAUUCCAACUUUGACGAUUUCAAUCCUGACACUUCCAUAACCACCGGCACCUGGAUCCGCUGCGCGCCUACCGGGAUCAGCGACUCAACAUGCUGGUCAUCGGGGUCCAGUCCGGCGGAGAGGUGGGGAUGUGGCGCGAAUACUUCGGGCCGAACCUGCACUACUAUGGUAUCGACGUGAACCCGGCCUGUAAGCUAUGUUGAGAGUGCACAUCUCCUACUUCCCGUUCCCCCUCAUUUGAUGUCACGAAACAACACACGAGGACACCCUCAGCUUCACCUGUUGUACUAUCGCCCAAUAGAUGAAACAGCUUCGCCUUGCAUUACAAGCUCGUCGAGCUGGACCAAGACCCUAACACAAGUAUACUUGCACAGGUUGCGUCUGUUGAGAUGAUGAAAUCUGUCACGCAUAAGCUACGCGGCUUUGCCGCGCGGCCCUAGUCUCUGUCGCUUUUCAAAUACGGGAGACGAGGGGGAAGAGUUGUGCACCACUCUCAUACAAGCAAAUCGAGCAGAAAUACCCGAACACGAAAAUUUUAUCCUGUGCAGAAGCAUCGUCCUAGUAUAAAUUGCAUUACAAGUUCGCCCAGCAUUACAAAUUGAAUUUGUAAUGCUGAUUUUCCUUGAUAAAGAGAUUUGUAAUGCAUAAAUGCGAUUAGUACGAGUACGAUACUUUUGCACACGAUAAAUUUUCAUCGGGGACCAGUCGGACGCCUCGUUUUUAGCGUCCGUGCAGCAGGAUAUGAUAAUGCACAACUUCCCCUGCUCCCCCUCAUUUGUCAUGCAAAAUACCAAAUCCUCCACUCUUUCCCCUUUGGCACAGCUUGCAUGACAGACUCCGGAAGCCGAUAUAGCACUAGAACCGGUCGCGAAUUUGCCAUGCAAAAGCUGCACUUAUGCCAGGACUUGUGUUGCAACUUAUGCCCUUCAAAUGAUGGGGAGGGGCGGGAGUUGUGCACACUCAUACAGGAGAUCGCCGCUUCGGGCGCACCCUUACACAUCGUUCUUGACGACGGAUCGCACAUCGCGUGGCACCAAAUCGCGACUUUUGAAACUAUGUACCCGCACCUGCACAUCUACAACGGCGUCUACAUUGUGGAAGACGUCACGACCAACUACGGUGCGCCGCAGAGCUCGGUUAUGGAUUGCAAAAGUACUUGUUCUAUCGUAGUCGUACUAGUACUUACCUAGUAUAAAUAGCAAUAAUUUCAUCGACAAGAAAAAACGAAGUGGAAUCUGUAAAAAGAUGCUGCUCCAGGUAUUUUUUUGGAAAGAGAUUUUUCAUGCGCGUGGCGACAAUUGAUAUUACGCGUUUGCAAUGCAUAUCGGUGCACAUGCAGCAAGCCCCGGCGAGCAUCCUGAGUCUCCCCGCGGUCAGUUCGCAGCAGGAGUCGUUCGUGGAGCACAUUAUGGAUGUGUUAGGAUCGAAAUCGACAAAAUCGAAAAAUUUGGGAUGCAAAAAAUGCAUGACGCGAAAUACGUGUGUUGCAGAGCAGGCAAGUGAGGCCGAUUGUGAGCCUGUUUGGGGUUAUAGCUCGAGCUGCUAAGGCAGCAUUAGAGAAUAAGUCUUCUUUGCCUAAACAGCAUUACGAACUGGAUUUAGGCACCGCUACAAUUUGUGAUGCGCCACUUAGAAACUGGGUUCGAACUGGAAUCCAUUUUAUGCAUGACAAAUGAUUUCGAUUUUGUCAAUUUCGAUUUUGACACUCCCAUACACAUGAAAACCAGAGUCGACUACGUGAACGGGUAUUGGAAUAUGGAUUUGGCAAAUUGAUGUAUCUGGGUCUGGAAACAGAAACCUGAACUUGUCAUGCAAAGAUAGGCAUAGGAACAAGGGUAGAAGACUUGUUACAGCAGGGGCAGAAGGCAGUCUUCAUCUUCAAGCAUGACGAAUUUUUGAAGAACGGUUCUGCAAUUAUGCGUAAGUCGCAUGAAGCGAAGUAGCCCUAGCCGUAUUUUUGUACGACAAAGAAGCAAUACCCUUGCCCUUCUAGCACCGUAGCAUGUCGUACAUAAUUCAGGAACACUGUGGUUCAGCAUUGCAAGUCAUGCAAUUUUUUUCCAGGACGAGAUCGAGACCCAGAGGUACUUAUUUGUAGUGCAUAUAGAAGUUCGCGCAGCCUGGGGCUCCGGUGAACCCCUGGAACGACCCCUUCGUCACGUUAUGAAUUGCAAAAGUAUCGCACUAGUUAGUAUAAAUUUAAAUUGCAUUACAAAUUUUGUCAGCAUGAAAAACUGAUUUUGUCAUGCUGUUUUACCUUAACAGUAGGAUUUGUGACGCAUCAUGCCUGCAAGUAGUAAGAGUACGUUACUUUUGCACAGGAUACACGUCUGUGAACGACAUUUCCUUCUACGAUGGCAUGGUGGUCGUAGAAAAGUCCCCGCAUCCGCAUCCGACGCAAGAACACCGGGGAACCGAGGACAUUCCCUACUGCACGCCGGGACAGCAGAACGGCUGCUUGACGUGAGGGAUAAGUGAUAUCUCGAGUGUUUGUUUUUGAUCCGAUGUGUUCGGAGGUACUUUGUUCGGCAUCACGGACGAAGUAAUUUUCUUUUCCCCGGGACGAGGUGGUCGUUGGAUGAACAAGAAGUAUAAAUAGAGUAAAACUGAAACGCAACUCCAACACCUACUGUUGAUGCAGUCGUGGUGUUGCGAUUAUCUUGGAGGAGUGGAGGCUCUGUCGAGGACCUCGCGGCCGCCUUUCUUGUUUUUU